AUGUGUUUGACAGGGCGCUGGGUGGUGCCGUGCGACGCUUGCGAGUCGCGCGCCUCCUGCGUAUGGAGCGAGGCGCGCUGGCUGCCCUACGGCUGCGUGCACCGCCGACUCACGCUGCCGCAGCUCCGGCGCUGCCUCCACAACAAGAAGUUGCUGUUCGUGGGAGACUCGACGAACCGCGGGAUGCUGCACUACGUGCUGGAGCGGCUCAACGCCAGCCUACUAGACGGCGACAAGACGCACGAGAUGCGCGUCUACCACGCAGGCGCCACCACGCUGGCCUUCGCCUACUACCCGCAGUUCUGGCUCGCGCCACCUCAGCGACCAGUCUUCGACAGGACGCUGUACAGCCUCAUCAACAGGUCUCGUCCGCUAGAGAACGACAGCUCUACGGUGCUGGUUGUGGGCGGCGUCCACUGGCUGGCCACGCACCAUCUGCACGUGCUGCUUCGAGUGUUACGCAGGGAGGGACUGCAGUCAGCACGCAUCGUCGUCAAGACGCUCGGUUCAGGCUUUCACAUCCCGUCCGAGGGCGUACACUACCUGCCUAAGGAACAGCAGCAGAAGCUGCUGAAGCACUCACAGGGACUGGCGGCAUUCGCGAGCCACCACCAAAUGGAGGUGGUCGACACGUUCAACAUGACGGCGGCGCGCUACAACGAUUUCCUACAGGGCAAAUGCGCCUGCCACUUCCAUAAGGUGGAGCCGGCAGGUGGUGGCGGAUACCACGUGACGGGGCACAUCAACGCACUCUACUCCGAGAUCCUCCUGAGUCGCAUCUGCCGCCAUGCCCCCUGACACUACACCCCGCUGUCCGCGAUACUUCACUACACCGCUGUCGCACUGCUUUCACAUCUU